GGCGGGGGUGGGGUGGGGUAUAAGUUGACGGCAGGAGCACAUUUGGUCGAGAUGGGAAGUCAGGAGGAGCCGAACACCCACCGUCUUGUGGAGCGGCUGAAGCGCAGGGCCCUGACAGAGCGCGGCCGGGGCUCGGCGCUGGCGCUGCUCGGCGGGGCUCAGGACUCCACACUAAAUGGAACAAGAAUUAGUCUGAAUUUCAGUCAAUCCUCAGAUGCCAGGGGCCGUUUUGAUAUGUCAUCAGAAAAGAUUCCUUCGUCAGGAAAAUUGCCUGCGUCUGGUCUGACGUAUAGUGAGAGAAAGCACUACAAUCAAAUACUACAUGACCUAUGCAAGAGAGUAAUAACUAGCCCUGCUUGGGUUGAGGAUGCCUAUGAAUCUGCUAAUUCAGAUCAAGCAACAGACGAUGAAUUGAGUGAGGAAGAAGCUGAGAAGCACACUGUACAAGACACAGGAACACAGUUUUACACCGAAACUGGUCAGUACUCCCAGAAUUCAGAUGUUACAUUGCCUUCCAACCUAGCCGCUACUACUGUCACAUCAGCUGGAGUUCCUUACGUAAAUGACAGCUUCACGCCAUCCAAGAGGAAUGCAAGUUUUUCAGAAUCCUUAAUUUGGAAAGAACAAGGCUAUCUCCCUCCAGAUAUAAUGAAGAUUUAUGAUGAGUUAACUUUCAUACACCAGAAAUUACAGAAGGAAAGUGCAGCAGUGCAGGAAAGCAAGCGUCAGGUUAUUGUACACGAACAGCACCUAACUAAGAGAGAGGCUCUGCUGCUGAAGCAUCAGGUUGCCUUGACAAAACUAAGAGGUGUGGAAGAGGAGGUUCAUGCCAAGUUUCAGAUUAUGAAAGAGCAACAUGCUGCAGAAGUCAGUCAGCUCACAGAUGCCUUAAAGGAGAAGAUGAAAGAAAACAAGAGGCUUAAAUCCUCCUUUGACACAUUAAAGGAAUUGAAUGACUCCUUGAAAACGCAGAUUAAUGAUGUAAGCAAAAAGAACAAAAAAAUGGAAACUCAGGGUAAAAAGGUUCAAAAUCGCUUAGAAAAUCUGCAGAGGAAGAAUGAAUUGGCUGCAGCACAGAAGUCUCGGGAAAACAUUGCCACCAGUGUAAAGGAGAUCAGACCAGAAAAACAGGAUAUGUUUCAGCAAAUUCCUAAAAUGAGUAACCGACCUGCUGUAAACAGUAAUUUCUGUGAGCUGCUUGGAAUCCUGCUGGACUGGAUCACGGACAGUCACCUUUGCCACUCGUCAUCAGAGGAUGAUGGUAAUAGCCAAAGGGCCCCAGACCCAAGUGGUUUACCUGUGAAAUAUAUUCAAGACAAGUGUGCAAAGACCUUGCCAUUACUCACAGAGCAAGUCCAUUCGAUGCCACCCGGAAAUGCCAAACUACAGCUCACACUGGUGAGAUUCAUUUAUUGGGCUUUAAAGCACAUGGAUAGAGCAGCACCCCACACCACCAUUAUCUCAACAAUGCGAAGAUUAGGAGAAGAACUGUAUCGUGGAGCUGCACCCCGGCUCGUGCAGGAGAACCCUUCAGAUGUUCCAGAAACCAAACCAAAGACAUCUGCUUUCUUUAGGAGCUCUGAUCUUAAUAUUCGAUUUCUGUCGACCCUAAGCAUCCUCAAGACAAUUACACAAGUUGAUAUCGUGGCUCAAGCCUUUGACACUCUCCAUAUGGAUCUGAAGAUAGAUGGUGGGAAGGCCUUGUUCUUGGAGCACCGGGCUAUCCCGAUCAUUCUCGUGUACCUGAAACCCUCCAGCAAAGGUCUGCUGUCCAGCGCUGUAGACAUAUUUCUACAGAUGACAAUGGAGUCAAGAUAUUUGCAGUCUUUUCUCGAAGCAUGCAGCAAUGAAACUUGGUUCCGGACUUGUUCUCUGCUUCUAAGAUAUCCUAAACUGGAGUGGCAAAUACUAGAGAAACUCAGUGUCAUCCUGCAGAAACUUUCCAAAAUAAAGAGCAAUAAAAAACUAUUUGAAUUGUUCACAAUCCACAUUCUGAUUCAAGAACUGCACAGGACGACAGACCCAGAGCAUACUUUCCUGGCCAUCAACCUCCAAUCGAUUCUGUUUAAUCUAGGCAUGAUUAAAGGCAGUACUUUAACCAGCAAUUUGAACACCAGCCAUUUAAAUCACUGAACAUUGAACCAUUUUUACUGCAGCAAUUGACUUUUUUAACAAGUAUAUUGUUUAAAACAAAAAAUGGCUGGGCAUCUUUCUGGGACUUGUUUUAUAAUGAUUGGUAUAUUGGUUUGUUGAAAUCAAAUGUUUAUUUCAAUGUACGUACUGUUCUUUCUGAUUGUUAGAAUUAAGAUUUUGCAAUUUUUAAAUUAAAUCAGUGGAAACAUUAUGCUGCUUCCUUAUGAACUGUAAAUAAAGGUAAUUAUUUAAAGUA